AUGGAAUCCAGCAGCGCAAAAGACCAAAACCAAGACCAAGAUCAAUCCCAUACAAACGAAAACACCAGCCCCUCAACCCCAGGCCUCGUCAUCCAGGACCCCCUAGCGCGCCUCUCCCUAUCACAAGAGGACCAGGACCAGGAUGCAGAGACAGAGACCUCCAGGCCCAGAUCCAGUUCAAACAAGCCAGAACCAACCCAACCAAAUUCACCAGAGAAACAAGACCAAGAACCAGAACAAAAACAAGACCAAGCAGACACCCCCACCACCAAGGAAAACAGCCCAGAUCCAAGCCCUAGCCCGAAUCCAGGCGCGAUAAGCUACAGAAUCAGCCGUCUACGAAGCGACGCCGACUCCGACGCCGAAGAAGACGAAGGCGAAGACGAAGACGGCAGCAACCUCAAGCCAGACGAGCUGCUGAAGACCGUGUUCAGCAUCGACAUGCCGCGGGAGGUGCAGAUCCGGGCGAAGAUCAAGGGGGAUUUCACGGUGCGGAUAUUGGCGUGA